AACAGAUGAUUUUAAAUGUAAUGAAUGGGUGGAGUCAGUGGGUGGAAUCGGUGGGCGUGGUUAGUGGGCGGAGUUAGUUGAAACUUGAAAAAUCUCAAAACAUCACUCCUCAUGAGGACCUGCUGAACUUCACACCGAACAACGAAGAUAUCUCAGAAACCUCCAGAGAUAUCUGAAGGUAUCUAACCAUACACAUCUUACCUAAAGACCAGCAGGAUCCAGCAGUGUGAGAAACUGACUGAAGAGAGGAAUGUGUGAUCAGUAUUCUGACCACAAGAUGCUGAUGGAAAGAUGCAGGGAGAGAAGAAAGGAGGAGAUGAUGGUGCAGAGAGGGGAUUUGAGAAAUCACUGGCAAUCUGCUACCACACACUCCAGAGAAGAGAGGGAUAAAGUUGAAGAGCUGGCGGAACAAGCAAGGUGGAGUUAUCAUCUCUCUGUAUCCAGGAGGAAACGUCUUCAAGGAGAGAUGUGGAAAGAAAUCCAAUAUGCACUAAGAACUGAGAAGAGAUCCAUCAGUGCAGUACUUGGCCAAAAAUCUGGAGUAAAUACCUCAGAAAAUACAUGUAACCUUCCCACAUCUCAGCAGCUUCCUCUGUACACCUCUGUAACACACAACGUUUCUGUAAAACUGAAUAAUAAGCAAAACGAGCGAACAAUCCAAAGUUCUUCUUGGAGCCGACCUCCAAAUUACACACCACCUCCACCAUACACAUCUCCAGCUGAGCAGAAGAAACAAGCAGGAACCCUGGAACCAAUCAGAUCUCCCACAAACCUUUACACAGAGUACAGAUUUGGAAGCAGAUCUGAUGCUGAGAGGGAAUUAGGGCAUCGUUCUGGCUCCUUCUCAGACAGAAGACCAGAGAUUCAAUUCUCCUCAGGUGUAGAGACACCAGGAACCGUAACCUUUCCUGGUCCUGACAGAAAACCACAUCAUCAGAAACGUUGGCCCUCUGUUCAACAGAACCAGGAAUUAUUUUAUACACCACAAUCAUCAGAACAUCAGAAGAAAUAUCAGACAUCUGAUUCGGAUAUGACUCCAACUAAACUUAUAAGAAGAAGAAGUAGUGAAGGAACCAUUUUCUGUUUAGUAUCUCACACUAGAGAUUACACACGAUUGUCCAGAUCUUCUAAUUAUCAAAGACCUAAAGUGAAAAUGUUUCCUUUUUUUAAAAGCCCAGUGUUUGCAGAAACUCUAGAAGAAGUCCAAGCAUUGUCAUGCAGCUCAUUAAAAUCUUUUAAACUAGAUCCUACACUGAAAGAACCCACAGGGGAACAUCGACCUCCGAGUGACCAAAAUGUACGAUUUUCUAAACACAGAAAGGAAGUGAGAAAAGUCCGAGAGGAAGUGAGAAAGCUGAGUGCUGAGGAAACAAGCCUUUGUGAUUUCAGCAAAAAGAAAAGUCAAGACAAAAACAAUAUCAAUGUUCCUCCUGCUGAGUCUUUAAAUUCCACAACACUGGUGGAGCCACAUCACCAAACCUCACUCAAGUUUCCUUUAUGGAAGGAACCCAGAUCUCAACAAUUCCCUCCCCCACAGCUCUCCCAGCACUGCUCUAACAGAAGCUUCAGAAGAGGAGGUCUAUCAGAACAACCAGAACUAAUAAACACCACAAUGACAGAUCAAAAAACUGGUCUUGUUCUUAUCGACAAAAGCAACGUCGUCAUCAAGCUGGACAUCCUCAUUCCUCCUAAACCUGAACACAUCCAGUACACGAGCUCACAACCAUCUGACUCAUCUAAACACAAUUCUGAUUCCAACCAUCAGGACAAAACCUCUGAGCAGACCACAGACAGAAGUUCAGAACAGAAGCUUAUUAACCAAACAUCCAGCCAAGUCCAACCUAAACAUAAGACCUCCAAGAAAAGAGCAGAGAGGAUUUUGGGAAUUGUUCUUCAGAAUUCGGUUGAUGAAGAACACACAUUGAAAGAAUCCUUUAAGAUGGAAAACUCCAGUCUCUCUCAGGGUCCUGAUCCUUCAGAGAGAUCUUCUGAGGGUGACAAUCCUCCAAUCCCAGCAACGUCUACACCAAAUGAGGAGGAAAAUUCAAACAUAACAUCAGAAGCUGAAGCCAUGCUGGAGAUUUCUGAGGUGACUCAUGGGGAUGAUGUUAAUGCAGGACAUGAGAUCGUGGAGAUGAGGAGCACUGAAUGGGGAGCUGAUCUCAAGUCAGAUGACAAAAAGUUCAUGACUGAUGAAAUCCAUACAUCUGUGACUGACCUUAGGGAUGAACAUGUGAAGAACAGUUCUAUAGGUGAGCGUGAUGAUUUCCAGAAUCUGAACCAAACCUUUCUGAGAAACACCAGUGAUGCUUUCAGUCAGAAAAAUAAGAUAAUAGAAGAAAAGUCCUUCCAUGGAGCAGAUGAGAGAAAAGAUCUCACUCAAGCAAUGUUGAGAAGAUCAGUGGAAAACACCACUGAAACAUUUAGUCAAGAAUAUUUUAUGGGAAAGUUUUUAAAUGUAACAGUAGAUCACAAUGAGAACUUUAGUGAUCCUCUGGCUGAAACUGCUGAUGUACAGAAUCACGUCCAAAUCCUUCAGAACAUUUACGAGCGAGAUACUAAUAAAGCGAUGGACCAUGAGCUUAGACCCAUGGAGGAGAACCCAUUCUGCACCUUCCACAACCUGCAAAGAACGAGUGAUAUGUUCAGCCUGGAAGGAGGUCACCAUCAGGAGAACCUAUUACAUGUCCAAAAUCUCUGCCCAAAUUUCCUGAACACAUCUGAGACACUUCAACAAGAAAUCAAUCAACAGUUUUCAAAUCAAAGAGGUUCUGAAGUUUCUCCAUCUUUUCUGGGAUAUCAUGUUGAAAAAACAAAUAAUUUGUUUGCUCAUCAAGAAAACCCAGAGAACAACAUCUCGUAG